AUGGCAGCUCUCGCAGGCAGCAGCGUCAGCAGGGCUGGUGGAAUAGCUGACUUAGAUAAAGAUCUGGCUUUGCUGUUUAAUGUACCCGACCGGGCAGCCAGGCGCAGAGCCUCUCUGGUUCAGCUGGAAGGGGCUGUAGCAGGCAGGUGGGGAGCAGAGGGCCGGCUGGGGAUCUUUGCCAGAGGUUAUGUGGACUCUGUGGGGCAGCUGGGCCCUGGACUUUGGAGGCAGAGCGAAGGACCUGCGGUUGCGUGGGAUCAGUUGGGAGCUCUGGACUAUUUGCUAGGAGCAGAGGUGAAGAUCUUCCGUGCCUUAAUCCUAGGGGAGCUGGAGAGGGGCCAGAGCCAGUUCCAAGCGCUCUGCUUCGUCACACGACUUCACCGCAACGAGAUCAUCCCCAGCGAGUCUAUGGCAAAGCUGCGGCAGAAAAAUCCCAGGACAGUGCGGCAGGCUGAGGAGGUGCGGGGCCUGGAGCAUCUCAGCAUGGAUGUAGCUGUCAACUUCAGCAAGGGUGCCCAGCUCAGCUCUCACAUCCACAAUGUCUGUGCAGAGGCCAAAGAAGCAAUUUACACCCGAGAAGAAGAUGUCAAAUUUUGGCUGGAGAAAGGGGUAGAUGGCUCAAUGUUCGAGGUCCUGCCACAGACAUCUGACCUCCCUGACCUGCAGCGAUGCAAGCUGUGUGCCGACCGCUGGAAACCCUGCAUUUGCAGCUACUCACUGAGCAUCGAGUGGUACCCGUGCAUGCUGAAGUACUGCAAAAGUCGCGAUGCUGGGGGCAAGGUUUCUUCUUACAAAUGUGGCAUCCGCAGCUGCCAGAAGGGCUACACUUUUGAUUACUAUGUGCCGCAGAAACAGCUAUGUCUCUGGGACGAGGAGACCUAGCAGAGCCAGGCCAGACCUUUUCAAGGGGCAGCUCAUCUGCCUCCUGCCACCAUUUAUGAUGCUAAGGGCCUCCUGGAGCUGGCUGCUCCAAGGAGGGAAUGUGGUUCACAGUGGUGCCUUGUACCAGGAGAGCUCUGCAUGUGUGCCUUUCCUUCUGGCCCCCUAUGACUCCCUCCCCACCUGACGCUGCCUCAUACUGUGAU